AUGCCUCUCCGCAAGCUCCAAAGGCUCCGCAAUGUGCGGCAGAACUCAGUCUCCGGCUCUGAAAUGACCGAAUCUUCCUCUCCCACCACUUCCACCAGGUCUUCCCAGAGCUCCAAUGGCACUCUUGACACCAAUGUCUCCAGUCUCUCGUCAUUUGACCAUUGCCAUGAUGCCCGCAACAAUUCUCUCUACGGAUCCUGCUAUUUCGACGCCGAAGACUAUUUUACCCAACUUCGUGAGGACGUAAACGUCUCCGAUGACUGCCCAAGCAAAAAGACCCUUGAGGAAGCCGGCGAGAUUGUUAUUUACGAUAGCCAAGGCAUUGGCAAGCCCUUCAAGAGCUUCUUCCAAGGUGACAUGGCCAUCGGACAACGCCAAUUGGUGCUCUUCGUACGGCACUUCUACUGCGGCGCCUGCCAAGCCUACCUCAAGGCCUUGACCAAGUCAAUUGAUCCGCAAACCUACUUCACCAUGCCGACGCCGACCAACAUCAUCAUCAUCGGCUGCGGCGCGCCGAGCAUGAUCCCGGCCUACAAGGAGUACACGGGCUGCCCGUUCCCCAUCUUCGCCGACCCGACGCGCUCGCUGUACCGCGCGCUGGGCAUGUCCAUCUCCUUCGACAUGGGCAACCGCCGCCCCGAGUACAUGAAGGACAUCGCCCCGCCCGCGUGGAUCGCGGGCCAGCUCAAGCAGGUCGGCCAGCAGACGCGCCGGCAGGGCGUGCGCAAGGCGAUGCGCUCCGGCAGCUGGCUGCAGAUCGGCGGCGACUUCUUGUUCGAGGACGGCGAGGUCAUCUGGUGCCAUCGCAUGCGCAACUAUCGCGACCACGUCGAGGUGGCGACGCUGAGGAAAAUUUUGGAGAUCGACGAUGAUUGA